AGAGAAACCCGCCCACAGCUCACCCACACAUCCAGCACUCCGAACAGGGAAGUGCGGCAGGACGCUGCUGGCUGCCUUUAAACGUCUGUAGUAGUAGUAUUUGACUUUUUCUACUUUAUUUUUACCUUUUUUCUUCUUUAUCAUCAUACUAUUGGAUACUAGGAAUAACCUUGGCUUCCCUUCAGCUGAAUGGACCAGGCUGUCUGCUCUCAGACCUAAACAUGAUCCUGAUCCUGAGCCUGAGCCUGAUCCUGAUCCUCAGUACCACUGCACUCUCUCUGCCUGAGGUGCAUGCAGAGGAUCUGAAAUGCCUGAAUGAUUAUGAGUCAGAGAUGGUCUGUCGUCUGGACUUAGGGAAGCUGCAGAGCUGCUCGGAAUUCUCACUUACAGCAAAUCUGAGCACAUCAAAGAGGUAUAAUUUUACUUGCAGUUUCCAGCUUGUCUCUCAGGAUUCCUGUGAAUGUCAGUUCCAGGUUAAAGGUUUUGUUUCUGGAGAGACAUUUUUCACAGAGCUGUGGAAGGGAGGAGCUGUCCUGGUCACUAAAGACAUGCAGACUUUUAAAAUCAUCAAGCCCAAAAAACCAAUCAACGUAUCGGUGGAAGUGACGGAGAACGGGGACUUUCGGAUUUCCUGGAGUCACAACUACACAUCAACUCAAAAACCAUUUGUGGAAAGUCUGCGUACGAAUCUCAGCUACGGCCUCAAAGGAAGCAAAGACAGAGUGCCAGUCCAGUUGGAACAAGGCCGAACUUACUAUGAGCUUGUGGGGAAAAAGCUUCAGCCUAAUUCUGACUAUAUCGUCACAGCAAGUGUGAGCAGUGACUACAACGACUAUCAGACAUUCAGCGACGAAAGUGACCCAUUGGAGUUCAGCACACCUCCAUCUCUGCAGUCUUUUCUUGUGAUAAUAAUUCCCAUCUCAUGCAUCAUUCUCAUCCUCUUCAUAGUCAUCAUAUUCUACUGCUACAUCAGGAUCAUUAAACAGUGGUGGAACAAGAUUCCUACUCCAAAAAUAGCUCCCAGUUUUGAAAAACCGGUCCUAAACUGGGCUACGUUUCCGAACGAGUUCACCCCAGUCUAUCUGGACACUGUGAAGCUGGACCUGCCCAAGGAAAAAUCAUGGAAAGCCCCUUCUCUUAUUGAUGUCAGCUGUGAAAACAGUUACCACAGCGCUGGGAAAAGCGGAAAUUCAUCUCACGUCAUUUACGGCCAGGCGGGUUUUGAGGAUGCUGAAGAUGGCCUUAAUGUAAAGGACUUGCAUUGUGAGCUUCUGGAGGACUAUCAGUCCACAGUUCGGUCUCUCGCCACGUCAGAUUCCAGCAAAUCUGGUAAUAAUCAGAGAGAGCAGUCUGGGAACAGCUCGUCCUUCAGCAAUAAGUGCUACUUGGGAUCAGAUUCCAGUGGCUCCUCCUUCCUGAACCGGUCUAUUACACACCCUGCUUAUCCCAGUGACGGAAGCGAGAACCCGUUUUCUUCUUUAUCGGAAAAUCUGGAACCGAUGAUACCGACAGACUUCGAGUACGGCCCGUGCAAUGGCUGUCCAGAGUCUACAGACUUCAUACUGACUCAGAACACGCCCCCAGACACAGAGACGGUUGUGGUUUUCGGCUACCAGAGCGUAAACGAUCUCCAGAACAACGAGAACAAGCCAGAAGCAGUCCCAGACAAGUUCACCAGCUUUCACAAUGACAUUAACAUGAAGAUAAUGCCUGGCUGCUUCAUCAGCCCACAGGAUUUUGCUUUAUUCGGCUGCGAGAGCGACAUGAUCGUCCCUGUUGAUGAGGGCUAUCAGUCCUGCCCGAGCUUCCAGGGCCAGAACAGUUGGAGCUCAGACCAGAGCACCGACCUCGAACACAGCCUCUCCCAGACUGUGACUCGUGAGCAGGAGCAGGAGCAUGCACCCUUGUUUAAAAGUCUGUGCGGCCCUGUUCUGCAUGUUUCCCCCGGCAUUCAAAUCGACUGUUCCUAUCAGAGGGUGUGACAUCACAACUCAAAACAACCAAAAAAAUGAACUUUUAGAUUUUUGUGUAUAAAAGGGACAAAUACACUGGCAUGCCAAAAAAAAGCCAUGGGACAGAGCAGAGUGUGAAUUGACGUGAAAUGAAGAGUUUUUGUCUUGAGAACGACAACACCUGUAUACAGGACAGGCCAAAAGUUUGGACACACCUUCUCUUUUUCAAUGUGUUUUCUUUAUUUUCAUGACUAUUUACAUUGUAGACUCAUUGUAGGACAUCAAAACUAUGAAUGAACACAUGUGGAGUUUUAUGUACUUAACAAAAAAAAAGGUGAAAUAACUAAAAAAAAAAAGAAAUUAUAUUCUAGUUUCUUCAAAAUCAGUCUUGAAGAAGGAAGGAGUUCCCAGAGGUGUUUAUUAGCACUUGUUGGCUCUUUGCCUUCUUCACUCUGUGCUCCAGCUCACCCCAAACCAUCUGGAUUGGGUUCAGGUCCGGUGAUUGUGGAGGUCAGCUCAUUUUUUUGUUAAGUACAUAAAACUCUACAUGUGUUCAUUCAUAGUUUUGAUGCUUCAGUGAGAAUCUACAAUGUAAAUAGUCAUGAAAAUAAAGAAAACACAUUGAAAAAGAGAAGGUGUGUCCAAACUUUUGGCCUGUACUGUCUGUUGUGAGAAGCUAUCUUGUGAGUGAGGUCCACAGAGUCACAUUCAGUACUAUGUAUCGGGAAUCUGUCAUAGAGGGCAUUACUUAACACUUAGCACUAGGGCUGGGUAUCCGUAUCGAUACAAUACAUUGAAUUCGAAUUUGGUACCGAUACCAAUAAUAACGAUAUUUUUUUCGAUACCUUUCGAUUGUUAUCAAACUACAACUUAGCACAGUGGACAGUAGCGAAGUACAGUGAGUGGUAAUGAUCACGACUGGUGGCUUCUGGGUGGAAUCACAUACACACUCAAUGAAUGCAAGAGACCCGAUAUAUCCCACAGGUCAGUGCAGCAGCAGCAUUCUUUAAAAAAAAAAAAAGAAAAAAAGAAAUUUGAAGUAAACAAAAAAAUAUUAAACAAAAACAAAAUAUCAAAGUAGAAUUUCUAAUGAAAGCUUUGAUUCUCAUCCAGCUUUAUGAGGUAGAGUCACCUGGAAUUCAGGCUUUCAGUUAACAGCUGUGCUGAACUCAUCAAGAGUUAAUUACCUGAAUUUCUUGUCUCUUAAUAAAGUGUUUGAGAGCAUCAGUUGUAAAAGUAGUUGUAGAGUAGGUAAAAUACAGUGAAUAGCUCUAUUUGAGUACUGUAUUAAUACAUAUUAUGGCAACUGCAGUCGCAAACACUAUCAAAAAUGUUAUGAUAAAACUGGCUCUCAUCAGGACCACCCCAGGAAUGGAAGAGCAAGAAUUUCCUCUGUUGUACAGGAUAAGUUAAUCAGGGUUACCAGCCUCAGAAACCACAAGUUAACAGCUCCCCAGAUAAGAGCACCUAAAUGCUUCACAGAUUAUUUUUUAGUUUGUUUAACACUUUUAAGUUACUACAUGAUUCCUUACGUGUUCCUUCAUAGUCUUAUUGACUUUACUAUUCAUUUUACAAUAUAGGAAAAAAGUAAACUUUUGACUGGUACUGUAUAUUCUAGUACAGGUCCAAACAGACAAUUAACUAGUCCAGACCUUUACUGUGUUCCACCAAUGAGAGACCUCUCUCCUGUGGUUUCCCCUCAGUGAUCCAUUUAAAGCAUCUUUAUAUUUAGGAUUGUUUUACAGUAGAACUAUGGAAUUAAGCACUUCCUCUAAAGCACUGCUGUCAUAGUGAAAGUCUUUUACUUACAUUCCUUCCAAGACACUCCCAUACACCUCUGUGAAUAGCUGCUUUAUUACACUCUCACCUUCAGUCACCCUCCAGCAAUAACUUAUACACUCCUGCUUUACAGUAAACCUGGGUGUUCCUGAAUGUCUUGUUUCUUGUUCACAGCUACUAGAGUAUCACUGAAAAUAGAGAUUAUUUCACUAUAAAGGCACUUUAUAUACUAAAGAAAAAAAUGAUAUAAAAAUAUACUGCUUAUGUCAUUCACAUUUAAUAUUAAUAAUGUCCAAAAACUGUUUAAACAAUGUAUGUAUCUAAAUAUGAUAUUGAGCCUCAUUUACAAUUUAUAGUAAAAAAUCAUGUAAAUCACUGUAAAUCCUUGUAAAUAAGACAAGUCCUAGAAAAGAAAAAACAUACAUGUCAGAAUCUUUAUAAAAACUGUAAAAAAUAAAAUAUAUGUUUUUGUUUAGUAAAUGAGGCCCAAUGUCACUGAUACGCAAAAACCUUCUAUCUCCAUUUUUCACUUUUCACUUUUUUUUUGCAUUGCAAAUAAUGUAUAAUGCAUAAUGUAAAUAUGACAGUAGUUUUUUUUCUUUUUUACAUUGUAUCUGAAUUUUAUGAUGAGAAAUGCUCCAAAAAAUAUUUUAUAUUUUUUCACUGCCAUCCAUUUUUUCUGUAAAAUUGUCAUUUAGGAGAUACAAGGUUUUUGUGACAAUACUGUAUAUGGCUUAUGAGGGAUUUGUACUAUAAACAUUGACACAAUCUGUGAAGUAUAAAAUAUAUGAGUCUGAAAAGUCAUUUAUGUACAUGUUCUGAACUGCUAAAUACAAAAUAAAUACGUAAAAAAGAAA